CCCGCUAAAAUUAAUUGGUUACGUGUUUAUCUUAAUAUUUUAAUUAACCCACAAAGCCCUGUAUGACGUAUGUUACACCUAGGCCGUCUCUUGUAGUGUGAAACAAAACAUUUGAUGCAGCUCCGUUUGGAAUAGUAAAUCAAAGAAUACCAACAAGCAGCAUCUCGGUGGUGUAUUCCGUGUGGACGGGGUAUGGGUGGAUGAGAUUACCACUCAUCAAUUCAAAGUUCACGUCUUCUAUACGUCCCUCACGUGAACUCUUCAAAUUUUACUCUCAACUCGUGCCCCGACCACCCACCCCCAACCACGGACUCUUAGUAUAUUGUCGAGAACACUCCCCUCCCCACACAUAUACAUACAUACGCACACGCUCAACCGUUGAGAAACCUACCCCCACCUCACACACAUACAAACUAACAAAGUUCCUGUUCAGAACCCUCAACCCACACACAUACAUACAUACACAUACAUAUACACAUACACACAAAGCUCCUGUAAACCGCUGAGCUAACCCUCAACCCACACACAUACAUACAUACAAACAACUUUACUGUACUAUGCAGAGAUAAACUUACCCCCACACAUACACUUCCUUCCUGCCAAAACAAUCUUUACCACCAAUCCCCCCCGCCCUUUACACACAUACACACAUAAACUUCCUGCCAAAACAAUCCUGACCCCCCCCCCCCCCACACACACACUUCACACACACACAUACACACAGACUUCCUGUAAACUGGUGAGAUGGAACAAGUCCACAACCCCAGAUCACAACAAACGGAAGAACACAGCGAGAGCCUUCUGAGGGACUCGACCUUGGAGAUGACAGAUCUAAAGGUCAAUGGUUCUAGAGGAAGUGACGUCAGAACUUUGUCUGACGCAAGCCAAAAUUCAGUUACCAAAAUAGACAGUGGCAUGGACGUGACGUCAUCAGACGUGGAAAAAAUCUCAUUGGUCAAACAUCUUCUGUCUUUCUGGUACCUCGUGAUCAUCGUAGCCACGCCCCUCGUCUUUCUGCCCAUAUUUCUCUACGUGGACGAUGAGUUCCAGAGACAAGCGAGGUGCGGCUACACUAUAGCUGUCAUGGCUGUGUACUGGGUAACUGAAGCCAUGCCUAUAGCUGUCACAGCUCUGGCCCCUGUUGUCUUUCUACCCGCCCUAGGUGUCAUGUCUGCCAAGGAUACGUCGGCUGUCUAUUUUGGUGAGACGUCCAUGUUGUUUAUGGGCGGACUUCUGGUUGCCAUAGCAAUAGAAACGUGGAAUGUUCACAAAAGAAUCGCACUGUUGGUGUUGAAGGUGGUUGGUGCUGAACCCAAAUGUCUUCUCUUCGGCAUCUGUAUGGUCACGUGGUUCCUGUCCAUGUGGAUCUCCAACACGGCCACGACGGCCAUGAUGAUGACCAUCGUCCAGGCCUUGCUGCAGCAGUUCAAGGCCAUGAGCAAACACCAGCUGAACCAGAACUCAAACGGUAGCUCAGACAGGCGAGACUCUACUUCACCGGAGCCACUCAAACGCAAACACAACCAUGAACGAGCGGAAGCCGAGUUUCUGAGACUGAGCAAGGCGCUGUCCCUGACUGUGGCCUACUCGGCCAACAUUGGAGGCAUCGCCAGUCUAACUGGUACAGGUCCUAAUUUUGUACUGUAUGCUGCGGCCCAGAAAGUAUUUGAAGACGUGGGCCUCAAGUCCCCCAUCACAUUCAGCAGCUGGCUUAUCUAUGGCCUGCCUCUGUCUCUUAUACUUGUCUGCAUCAUGUGGCUCUGGAUGGCCGUCGUCUUUCUCAGAUGCAGAGGAGGGUGUCUGUGUUGUUGCUGUGCUCCAGAAGCCAACAAGAAAAAACUGGAGAAGGUCAACGCCAUGAUCAGAGAUGAGUACAACAAUUUGGGACCUAUCACGUAUGCCCAAGCUUCAGUGUUAAUUUUAUUCUUUUUGUUAGUUGUUGCUUGGAUCACUCGUGAUCUUGGUGGUGUGGGUGGCUGGGCGGAUUGGUUUCCUCCUGGUCUAAGCGAUUCAACUCCGUCCAUCCUGUUCGGUAUGCUGAUGUUUGUGCUACCAUCUACGCCACCUACCUUCAGUAUGUUUAAAAACAGAGAUCGUUCAAUGACCCACACAAAGGUCACGCCCCUGCUGAAGUGGAGCCUGGUCCACGAGAAGAUGCACUGGUCGCUCUUUCUACUGCUGGGAGGGGGGUUCGCCAUUGCUAAGGCUGCCACGGUGUCCGGGUUGUCCAAAUGGAUGGGUGAGCAGCUGAUGGUGUUCCAGUCACUCAACCAGUGGGUUGUCCUGCUCAUCAUCUCCUACAUCGUGUGUUUCGCUACUGAGGUCACCAGCAACUCUGCUAUAGCCACUCUCAUAAUGCCCAUACUUACACAAAUGUCCAUCAGCCUGCAAGUCAACCCUCUGUUUUUCAUGUAUCCUGCCGCCAUUGCUACGUCAUUCGCCUUCAUGUUGCCCGUGGCAACCCCACCCAACGCCAUCGUCUUCGCUAGUGGAACGCUAAGGGUCAUAGAUAUGGUCAUGAAUGGUUUGUUCCUCAACAUUAUUUGUGUGCCGAUUCUUGUUUUUGCUACAGCCACGUGGGGUAACGCCUACUUCCAUUUCGACCAAGUACCUGAAGAAUUUCUAAGAAACGUAACCCAUGUCGCACAAAAAUUAGGUUCACAGUAAAAACAAUUGGCUCCCCCGGAUACCAUGUAGUAUAUCUUCCAAAUUUUAAGCAUUUUGUUGCUGGUUCAAUUACUGAGAUUUUGUUUGAAGAACGCUGCCUAGCAUGAAUGUUUCAAUAUAUAUAUAUA